AUGGCAGCAAAGAAGGUCCUCAUCGUCAUGUCCGACGCCCACUCCUUCCCUCUCUACAACACCGGAAGCGAUGGCAAGACGGUGCGUCAGGACUCAGGCUACUUCCUAAUGGAGCUCGCCAAGCCUCUCCAAAAAGUUCUCGAUGCCGGCUACGAAGUCACAUUCGCCUCACCCCAGGGCAAGGAGCCGCAGCCAGACCCCCUCAGCGUGUCUCUCGCCGCCUACGCCGGCAACUUCUUCAAGCGCAACAAGGACCAUGAGCUCAUCGAGCGCAUGAAGCGCGAAAACGGCUUCUCCAGCCCGCGCAGGUUCUCCGAUAUCAGCGACGACGAGCUCAGGAGCUAUGCCGGUGUCUUCAUUCCCGGCGGCCACGCGCCGCUGUCAGAUCUCGGUGACGACCCGGAACUCGGCCGCAUUCUGUCGCAUUUCCACGAGCAGCGGAAACCCACAGCGGCGCUGUGCCACGGGCCCUGGGCGUUCUUGUCGACCAAGGUCGGCCCGCAGAAGGCGUUUGCGUACAAGGGGUACAAGUUGACGGCGUGGUCUGAUGCGGAGGAGGCGGUUAUGGAGACAGUGCUGCGCGGUGAGAUUACCAAGGUGGAGUCGGUGCUGAGAGAGAACGGCGCGGAUAUGCAGGAGGGGCUUGCGAAGAGCGCGGGACAGAUCACGGUGGAUCGGGAGGUUAUCACUGGCGAUAAUCCAAUGUCUGCUAAUGCUAUUGGCGACAAGUUCUUGGAGAUGAUGGCGGCCAAGUAG